AGCCCCCUGGGAGUCCCAGGGCUGCUGCUGGUUGGGUGUGACACCGCAGGUACCACCAGGGCAACCGGGUUCAUUGUGAGCUCGGCGGCUUCCUACCCCAACUCUCUGUCCCUUGAGAUGCCAACAUGCAGCGCUUCACAAACCCACUUCUCAGGCACGUAAUUUCCAGGGGCUGCUUUGAUGCUGCUUCAAAGAAACAGUGCUUGCAGUAUUUAAGAGCUCUGAGGGCUCUGCAGCUUAAUGGUUUCAACACUGUUUUUUUAGGGGAAACUAUUCCAGAAAGUCUUAUUACAGGAGAAAAAAUCGCCGAGGAGGCCAGCCUGCGCAGGCCAGUAUGGACACUUGUUCAUGCUGGCAGCAGCCAAGGGUGGGUGCCCUGGAGGUACAAACUGCUAUUAAGAGAUGAACUGCCCAUCCAUCAGCAGAACGGUGUCUUUCAGGAGCUGUGUGAUUCUCUGACCAUGACCUAUGGGAAAUGUGUAAUUGUGACAAGAGACAAAAGGCAGCCGACACAUGUUGAGGCAAAAGAUGGCAAGGAGCAGGAGACAGAAACUCUGCCUCCAGUUCCACCAGUGAUCUACAUGUCUGGCAUUAAGUGUUGCCCCAAGACUGCUAGAGCCAAUGGCCAUGAGCUUCUCAUUGCGCCUUCAUCUUAUAGCUAUCUUUCUCCAAUGGAUGUUGCUUGGUCUUCUUUGAAAUGGUUUAUUAUAAACAACAGGAAGGACUUUGCCCUGAAGUCUGUUGAGACGACUCACUCCUAUAGGUGCAUCCUCUUCAAUGACUUGAUUACUAAAGGAAUAGAGAAGAUGACCCCAAACAAAUGGAAGGUAGCGAUUAACAAAGUGAAGAAAUGGGAAAACUACUACCUUGACACAUUUUCUUAA